AUGGCUUUCUCAACUGCGUCUCCAUCAGAUUACCGUUUCGCUCGCAUCACACCCCACGACCAUAGCGCUACGCUUUGGAUAAUUAUUAUUCUAUCACCCAUAUAUGCUACCUUGGUCCUCGGAAUACGUCUAGGAUACACAAAAUGGAGAGCAUAUGGCUUUGAUGAUCUUGUCGUUAUCUUGGCACAUGUUGUGGGGGCUGGAAUGUGGGUAACACUACUGACGUCUAUUGGGCAUGGUCUUGGAAAAUCAUAUGAUAUCCUUGAUGAUGUAGACAUACCACGAUCUGGCAUCAAUCACUGCGUGAGUUCUGUAAGUGUUUUUAAUCCCUUGCUCAAGUAUCCGCUGAUUGAUCAGAUCCCUUGGAUGCAAGCGCUUACUAUCAUUGAUAUUAUCACCGAAUGUUUCACUGUUCUAAUACCACUUCUGGGUCUAUAUCGUAAUAAAAUGCAUGUUGAGGAUAAGGCAAUCGUCAUGGUGGCCUUUUUCACUCGAAUACCAAAUGUCGUUUUUUCUCUUAUCUAUCUGAUUGCAUAUUCAAAAUUCGUCAAUGAGCGCCAGACUGCUAUCCAAAUCGUCCCGACUGUCGUUUGGCAAAGCACUCUUCUAUGUUACAGCCUCAUAUCUGCCACAACACCCACGCUCAAGGGUUUCACCCAAGGAUUCAAAACUACAGGCUUAUCUCUAGAAUAUGCUAGAGAUCUAAUAACAGGGGAACUUAGUGGGGCACGAACAAGCAUCGCGCUGAGACCCUUAACAACGUCAAGGCCAAGCUCAAUUGCUUCAGCCAAUCGAACCAUUUUACAAGCCCACAGUAUAUCGAUACAAGACAAUUCGAAAGAAAAUUCUAAAUCAGCCACUCUAGCAUCAAAGGCGAGAGAUGGGUCACGGUGCUGCCGUGGCGAGAGCUCUUCGAUAGCCAGUCGUGAGUCUCGUCAAGUUAUGAGUAAAAAGGAAUGGAAGGUCCCAGACAUCUAUAGAUUGUGA